UUUACCUUGUUCUUCUUUUUCAGGACGAUGUCCGUUUUCACCCUCAGUGUUUGGAAAGUGGGCGGUGUCUGAUGCCUAUGAUAAUGACAUGAACACACUCAUUACAAUUAAUUAUUAUUAUGUGUUAGUGCAAACUCCCGAAUCAGAGAGAUAUUACUUCUGUAAGGAAAUGGAUUAUUACGAAACUGUACUGCUUAUAACACCCGACAGGAAUGAAAUGUUGUGUCUACAGUUUCCCUUUGUUGAUGAGAACCCCAUGUUGGUGGUACGAUUAAGUCCUACAAUGAUAAAUCACUGGAAAUUUUUUGAGCCCACAAAGAGUCCAUACAGGUCCCCCACCAUUAGGAACACGUGUAAUCGAUACAGUGACGGUGACGCAGUGUUUCUCAGGCGAAUUUACUAACAUUGUUGACGUUGUACAUAUUGUACAUAAUAAAAAUAUUUAUUUUUGUUAUAAAACCAUA